GAUGGCGUCGGACGACGAGGAUGUGCCAGAUUCUGGCGCGGUGUUUACAUUUGGCAAGAGCCGUUUCUUGGACAACAAAUUUUGGAUUCGCGAUGAUGCAGUCAUCCACCUCGCUUGUGGAGACGAGCAUUCCGCCGUCGUUACAGAAAAUGGAAAGCUCUACACGUUUGGAAGCAAUGAUUGGGGACAGCUGGGUCAUGGUAGCACAGUACAGUUUCCUAAUCCAAAGCUUGUCAAACGCUUGAAACCAGAAAAGGUUAGGCUUGUUGCUGCUGGAAGGAAUCACACAAUUGUAUCAACUGAAUCUGGAAAACUUUACAGUUUUGGUUGUGGCGUUGAUGGACAACUAGGUCAUGGGAACUGUGAGAGUUCUCCAGUUCCUAAAGCUAUUGAGUCUUUACCUGACCAGCAGUAUACAUUGCUUUCCUGUGGGUCAGACUUUACUGCUGCUGUUACUGAAGAAGGGCAACUGUACUCUUGGGGGUCAAACAGUGAAGGACAAAUAGGUCACGGUGAUGAGAUUGAUGAUGACAGUUGUGCAAUACCCACAAAAGUGAAGAUAAGAGGAAAAGUGGUGUCAGUGGCUUGUGGCUAUUAUCACAUGGCUGUUGUGACAGAUGAUGGUUCUUUGCUCACUUGUGGGGAAAAUGAAAGUGGCAAGCUAGGAUUAGAUGAGUCACAAACUAACAAUACAUCAAAACUACAAAAACUUUUUAGUAUAAAUGAAGAGGUUGUCUCUGUUGCAUGUGGUGGAAAUCACACUGUAGCAGUCACAAAAAAUGGAAAAUUAUAUUCCUUUGGACAAGGAGACCAUGGUCAACUUGGUCAUGGAUCUUCACUGUUAGAGUGCAGUUCUCCUAAACAAGUGACUUCUCUUAGAAAUAUAUGUGUACGAUAUGUUUCCUGUGGUGAAUCGCAUACUGCAAUUGUCACAAAACACGGAAACCUUUACACCUGUGGAGACGGACGACACGGAAAACUUGGCAUGGGGGAGGAAUCAUUCUCCAAUCUAUUCAAACUUGAAAAAGUGACUAGAUUUGAUCAAUUUACGGUUAAAACUGUGGCCUGUGGAGGGUGUCAUACACUUGUUGCGGCAGUUAAAACAACUGAAACCGGUGAUGGUACAGAUAGUGAGGCAGAGGCUGAGAAGGAUAUUCUUGCAUCUUCCAUUUCUUCAACUAAAAGUCUUCAAGAUGCUGUGGAUGGACCGUCACUGGCUGCCACUUUCCCUGCAGGUGGCGCAGCGAGGAAUAAACGUCGGCAGAAGAACUUAGAGAGCCUUGGUAACUCAGUGGGAGGCUCUCUGCCUCCAAUUAACAAGUCCGCCCUACCUCCUCUUUUACGAACAUUACCGGCUUUGAAGAAUGAGGUUUCCAAAGAUGAAAAAAUGGCUGUUAAUCCUCUAGACAUGUCUAUGUUACCUCAAAUAUCGAGAGAAGCAGAAAAGGAGAAGAGAAAAGAUGAAGGCAAAAUUCAAAAGAUAUCUGGCAGCAAAGAGUCGAAGGCGAGUAAAGCAGCUAAAAGGACAAGCCACUCGGAAAGCUCGUCUGGCAUUUCUGAAAGCGAAGAUGAAGAUGAGCAACAUGAUAAGCAAAAGGCUGACAAAACUUCGAGUCGUAAGCAGGAAAAGAAAGAAGAUGGUAAAAAGAAAGCUGAGGAAGAAUCUGAGGACUUAGAGGAAGACGAAAGCGGCAGCGAAGAGGAAGAUUCCUCCGACAGAAAGAAAGCGACAGAAACAAAGACGCAAGUAGAAACGGCUGCUAAAGAUGACAAGAAAGAGAAGGCUCCUUCUAAGGAAGACGGCGAAGACGAGGAAUCUGAUGAAGAAGAAGAAGAUAGCGACGAAGAGGGCGAGGAAAGUACAGAGGAGGCUAAUAAGCCCGAGAAGCGUGAACAACUUAAAGUUGUUGGAAAGAAAAUUGAAGUUGGAAAGGUUGAUAAAAAGAAGGAAGACGAAGAAGAAGAAGAAGAGGAAGAAGAAGAUUCUGAAGAAGAGGAAAGUGACGAAGAAGAAGAUGACGAUGAUGAUAAGAAUGACGAGGAGCAAGAGGGACCGAGUAAAAAUAAGAAACAGGAGGAAGAGUCUGGCAAGAAAAUAGACUCAAUAGAGAAAAACAAGAAGGUGGAUUCUAAGAAACGACAAGAGACUGAAGAGGAAAGUGAAGAAGAAGAAGAUGAGGAUGAUGAGGACAUAGAACAAGAUGAAGAUAAAGAUACUAAGAAAGGUAAAAAGGUUAAAGAAAAAACGGAGGAUAAGAAGAAGAAAAAAGGUAAAGAAGAAAAGACAGGAGAUGAAGAUGACCUUGAUAAAAAGAAAUCUGGAAAUAAAAAAGACAAGAAAAAGAAGGAUAAGAAAGCAAAGGAGAGGGCUAAAGAAGACGAAGAUGAAGAUGAAGACCAAGCUGAAGAAAACGAAAAUGACGAAGACAAAGAAGAUGACAAAGAUGAGAAGGAUAAGGAUGAGAAAAAUGGUAAAGAUAAGAAGGACGAGAAGGAAAAUGGAGCUGUGGCAGGAAAGAAGAAAGCGAAAAAGUCUGGCGUUUGUAUUCUUUUGUGAACGAAAGAGGGAAAUUACUAAAUUAGAAACUCUACAGUUUGUACUCUUGCUUGCUUGGCAGUCACCUUUACUAAACCAUUUCCACAGUAUACCUUUUGUCUUGGAAUGAAAUGCUUUUGACGUCGUGACACAUGCGACAACUAUGAAAUACAAAAAAGAAACGUCGAUUUCGAAUGAUCCUUUGGAAACUGUGUGACUUCUUAAAUUGGAGAUUCGAAUGCGUAUUGUUGAGACGUUAUAUUAUUUUAUAGACGUUUUUAUGAGGCGAUUUAUGAGAGGCGAGGUAACAGACGUUGUCCCUAUUUUCUGUUUUGUAGCAUAUUUGGUAUUGCAGACCGUGAAAUGUUUCCAAUAACUUAGCAAACUUUCCAUAAUUGCCAGAUAAUGUACUGAAUUUUUUCAACGCUGAUCAUGUUAAGUGACCAAGUGAUGUCAAAGUGAAGAAGACUCCUUAAAACUUAAAAAGGUUUUUGAAUUUUUUUUUUAAUACAUACCACAUAAACAGUUUAUGAAAUGAAGAGUUCGGUAAAUAAAUUAUU